AUGCGCGCUCGCAUCCACGUGGAGAUGAUGCUGCUUGACGUGUUCCUGGAGGGCCUCUUUGAGAUGGACCUGCGGCGGGUCAACAGCGAGGAGGUGGGCCACGCGGUGAACCUGGUGCUGGAGGAGGCCAAUGAGAGGAUCAAGAUGCCGCUGCGCAAGGUGGUCAACCCCCUGGUCAGGCCCAGGUGGUCCCGCGCCGUGUGGCGGUCCCAGAGGGUCCUGGGCUCCCUCUACGAGAAGAUCUACGACACCAUACGGGCCAGGGGGGUGCCGCCAGAGGAUGAGAGCGUGCUGUGGGCCUGCCUGGCGCGCCUCAAGGACCCAAAGACGGGCAAGCCGCUGUCCAAGGAGCAGCUGCUGCCCGAGAUCGGCGCCUUCAUCCUGGCCGGCUUCGACACCUCCAGCCACACCAUCGCCUGGUGCCUUUUCAACGUGGCCGCCAGCCCCGAAAUCCAGCGCCGCAUCAAGGGGGAGCUGGGCAGCGCGGGGCUGCUGCACGCGGGGCAGCCCAACUGCGUCACGCCCAGGCAGCUGACGUACGAGGACCUGUCCCGCCUGCCGUACCUCAACGCCGUCAUCGAUGAGACCAUGAGGAUGUACCCCGUGGCGGCCACGGGGUCGAUCGGCCCCUACAAGGUGCCGGCCGGCAUCGUGGUGUGGCCCAUGAUCUACGCCCUGCAGAACGCGGCGCACAACUGGGAUAGCCCGGGAGAAUUCAUGCCGGAGCGCUGGCUGGAGAGCCGCGACGCCGCCUUCACGCCGCCACCGCCCCCACAGGCCGCUGCCGCACCCGGCGGCGCCGCGCCCUCCCCCGCCUCCCCUGACGACCCCGCGGGCCCAGCGGCGGCGACAGCCGCGGCGGACGACGAGGGCGGCGGCUGCGACGGGUCGGGCGGCGGCGGCCCCCAGGCGGCGCAGCAGCGCGGGGCGCGGCGCUUCAUGCCCUUCAGCGAGGGCCUGAAGAACUGCCUGGGGCAGGCGCUGGGGCUGAUGGAGGUGCGGACUGUGCUGGUGUCCCUGCUGUCGCGCUUCUGGUUUGACCUGGCCCCUGCCAUGGGCAAGGCGGACGCAGUGCGCCGGAGCCAGCAGAUCGCGCUGACCCUCAAGAUCAAGGGCGGCCUGCAGCUGGUGUGCCGGCAGCACGACACCCUGCAGCCGGAGAAGCGGGGCGGCAACGGCAGGCAGCCGGCCGCGGCGGGGCGCGGCCGCGGCGGGGCGCGCGGGGGCGGCGCGGCGGGGGUGAUGGAGGAGGGGCUCCAGUGA